UGAAAACUAAAAUAGCUCAUUUUAGUUUAUUAAGUAAUAUAUGUAUAAUUAAUGUUUCAUCAUUUUAAAAACUCAUAAUUCUGUGUUUAGACAAAAUAUUCAUGUGACAAUGUUAUUAAAUCAUACUAGCCCAUAACAAUGCCAACAGAAGAUAUGUCGACUGGUGCAAUGGCUACAGCCGCUAGCAUUCAACAAUUGAUUCCCGAUAUAUCCGCACUAAGUUUUCUUGACUGUGUUCAGUGCAGUGAAACAUGGACUUCAAGCCCACCAAGACAAACGGGGAGCCCUGGCACCCAGACGUCUGUUUCAGAUCAAUUUUCACAAGCAGCGACACAACCUGGAAGUUCUUCCACGCAAAGUGUCGCUCUUGCCAGCGUCACUGCAGGAAGUCCAUCAGCUGGCGAACAACCACUAUUUUGUUGUCCGAGGCGGCCGAAUUUAGGAAGAGAAGGACGACCAAUUGGAUUACGGGCAAAUCAUUUUCAAAUUACUAUGCCAAGAGGGUUUGUACAUCAUUACGAUGUAAAUAUACAACCCGAUAAAUGUCCACGAAAGGUUAACAGAGAAAUUAUUGAAACUAUGGUUCAUGCGUAUGGAAAAAUAUUCGGAAAUUUAAAACCAGUAUUCGACGGGCGUAAUAAUUUAUACACGAGAGAUCCACUUCCUAUUGGUAAUGUACGAGAAGAAUUAGAAGUAACUUUACCUGGUGAAGGUAAAGACAGAUUGUUUCGAGUGACAAUCAAAUGGGUAGCUCAAGUGUCACUAUUUGGUCUUGAAGAAGCAUUAGAAGGUAGAACUCGUCAAAUUCCAUACGAAGCAAUUUCUGCAUUAGAUGUCGUUAUGCGACAUUUACCAUCUAUGAGCUAUACUCCCGUAGGUAGAAGUUUCUUCAGUACACCAGAUGGAUAUUACCAUCCGCUUGGUGGAGGGAGAGAGGUUUGGUUUGGUUUUCAUCAGUCAGUACGUCCUAGUCAGUGGAAAAUGAUGUUAAAUAUUGAUGUAUCAGCAACAGCCUUUUAUAAAGCACAACCAGUUAUCGAUUUUAUGUGUGAAGUUUUAGAUCUAAGAGACAUUAAUGAACAGCGGAAACCUUUAACAGACAGUCAACGUGUUAAAUUUACAAAGGAAAUUAAAGGAUUAAAAAUUGAAAUUACACAUUGUGGAACGAUGCGACGAAAAUAUCGUGUGUGUAAUGUUACAAGAAGGCCAGCUCAAAUGCAAUCAUUUCCACUACAACUAGAAAAUGGACAAACUGUUGAAUGUACGGUAGCUAAAUACUUUCUUGAUAAAUACAAAAUGAAACUUCGAUAUCCUCAUCUACCAUGCUUACAGGUUGGUCAGGAACAUAAACAUACAUACUUGCCAUUAGAAGUUUGUAAUAUUGUUGCUGGUCAGCGGUGUAUUAAGAAAUUAACGGAUAUGCAAACGUCAACUAUGAUUAAAGCUACUGCAAGAUCUGCGCCUGAUCGUGAAAGAGAAAUUAAUAAUUUAGUAAGACGAGCUGAUUUCAAUAACGACGCGUACGUACAAGAAUUUGGAUUAACAAUUAGUAAUAGUAUGAUGGAAGUUCGUGGACGAGUUUUACCACCACCAAAAUUACAGUAUGGCGGACGAAUGACAUCAUUAAGCACACAAUGUAAACAACAAGCUAUGCCUCAUCAAGGCGUAUGGGAUAUGCGAGGUAAACAAUUCUUUACCGGUGUCGAAAUUCGAGUAUGGGCUAUUGCAUGUUUUGCUCCACAGCGAACUGUCCGAGAGGAUGCCUUAAGAAAUUUUACACAGCAAUUGCAAAAAAUUAGUAAUGAUGCUGGAAUGCCAAUUAUUGGUCAACCAUGUUUUUGUAAAUAUGCCACAGGUCCCGAUCAGGUAGAACCAAUGUUUCGUUAUUUGAAAUCAACAUUCGCAGCUUUGCAAUUAAUCGUGGUUGUUUUACCAGGAAAAACUCCGGUUUAUGCUGAAGUAAAACGUGUUGGAGAUACUGUUUUGGGAAUGGCAACUCAAUGCGUCCAAGCAAAAAAUGUAAACAAGACAUCACCGCAAACACUGUCUAAUUUGUGCCUAAAAAUAAACGUCAAAUUGGGUGGUAUCAAUAGCAUCCUUGUGCCUUCAAUUCGCCCUAAGGUGUUCAACGAACCGUUGAUAUUCUUGGGUGCUGAUGUUACACAUCCUCCAGCUGGUGAUAAUAAAAAACCUUCAAUUGCAGCUGUCGUUGGUAGCAUGGAUGCUCAUCCUUCACGAUAUGCGGCUACUGUUCGUGUGCAACAGCAUCGACAAGAAAUUAUUCAAGAACUUAGUUCUAUGGUUCGGGAGUUAUUAAUUAUGUUUUACAAAUCUACUGGUGGUUAUAAACCUCAUCGAAUUAUUAUGUAUAGAGAUGGAGUUUCAGAAGGCCAAUUUAUACACUUAUUACAACAUGAAUUGCCAGCUGUUCGUGAAGCCUGUAUUAAAUUAGAAGCUGAUUAUAAACCAGGUAUUACAUUUAUAGUUGUUCAAAAAAGACAUCACACAAGAUUGUUUUGUGCUGAUAAAAAAGAACAAUCGGGUAAAUCUGGUAAUAUACCAGCUGGUACAACAGUUGAUGUGGGUAUAACACAUCCUACAGAAUUCGAUUUUUAUUUAUGUAGUCAUCAAGGAAUUCAAGGUACUUCACGUCCAUCACACUAUCAUGUACUUUGGGAUGAUUCACAUUUAGAUUCGGAUGAAUUACAAUGUUUAACCUAUCAACUAUGUCAUACUUAUGUUAGAUGUACAAGAUCUGUUUCGAUACCUGCGCCUGCAUAUUAUGCUCAUCUUGUUGCAUUUAGAGCACGAUAUCAUUUAGUUGAAAAAGAACAUGACAGUGGGGAAGGUUCACAUCAAUCAGGUUGUUCCGAAGAUCGAACACCAGGCGCAAUGGCUCGAGCGAUAACUGUACAUGCAGAUACAAAAAAAGUAAUGUACUUCGCUUAAGUCAAUUAAUCAAAUUUAUAAAUUAUUAUAAUUAUAUCAACGGAGAAAUGCAAAACAAUGUUUUAAAAAAAUCACUGCAUAAUAAGCCACUUUAUAUUGAGAAUAUUAAUAUUAAUUAAUAAAUUCUUAGAUAAUAAGCUAAAGAAAACAUUUAGAUAUUAAAUAUUAAAAAAAAAAAAUGAAAGGAACCAAAAUAUCAAUGCAGCG